AUGGUUCUAUAUGCUCAAAGGAAAUUCAUCAUUGAAAGAAAUUAUGUCUUGAGUGAUCAUCGUCCUUUUGGUGUGCUAACAAUGCUUCAAGAUCGACAAUGGACAUGUUCUUUGGUUAAAUUUACUGGUUUUGUGGAUAGAAUAGUCAAGGAAUUCUAUGCCAAUCUUACUAAUGAAAUUAUUGAACCUAAAUCUCCUCUGUAUAAUAAAGUGUUUGUUAGGGGCCAUUGGUUCUCUUUUUCUCCUCAAGACAUUGCCCUUGCUUUGCAUCUUCCCCUUGAUGUCGAGGAUGAUGAUGUUGCCUCUCUUGACAAGGACAUGGUUAUUACUGAAUUGGUAGGGCAAAAAAUGUUAUGGCCAUCUAAUACAGUCAUCUCGGUCUCCAAUCUCACCUACACUUAUGCUGUCCUCCAUAAGUUUGCCACAACAAAUUGGAAGCCCACUUCUCCCAUCGCCACUAUCUCUUUUGAUAUGGCAUCAUUUUUGUACAAGGUGGGGAUCGGUCUUAGUAUACAUUUGGCUUUGGUUAUUCAUGAUAAAAUCAUUGGGUUUCGCAAAGGUAAUAGGAAAAACUUGAAUCUUCCUUUUCCUCAAGUUAUUUAUAAAGUGUUGAGUAUGCAGAAAAAAGGUCUCCAACGUGAUCAAGAAGAUUUGGUGGCACCCACUACUGCUGCUUCCUACAAGGCCUCUGCUCCUCCUACUGAAGCCACUGCUGCUCCAUCCUCCAAGAAAGUCAAGCCCCAAUCUCUGAAGAUUGCCUCGGAUGACAUUCCUCAUGCCUCCUCCUCUGUUGCCACAGAUUCAGGACUUGUUGCAACAGAAAUAGUUGCUGUUCGAGCCUCUGUUGAUUCUUUGACUGCUCGAGUGAUGUCAAUUGAAGGACUGCAACGUUCUGUGUUGGAGGCUGUUCAAUCUCUAUCCAAAGAUCCAGUUGUUUAA